ACACCCAUGCCCAGACAGCAUCGUGCUCAUCCAGACUUAGACAUUCAGCAGCAGCCCAUCUUUUUCCAGACCACCUGGAUUGUACAAGGGGACCGCCAAGGACAGAGCGGAGAAGUAACUCUCACGCUGGGCGGAGAGGGAACAUCAACACGAAGGAUAGGCACGUCAUCCCGGGCGUCAGGCUGAAGGCACGGCCGGCGGCUCUGCAGCAUCACAGCGGCGCGGUUAGCGGUUGGUCGCUUAGCUACGAGAGGAAACAACAUGCGUUCCCGUAGCAGCAGCCUAGAGGACGUCACCAAGGUCAAGCUGGCCAGAGAGGAAGUGUCUGGACGGCCGGAGCGCCGCAGUCGCCACCGGGAGCCCGAUGACACUGGCACUAUCCAACGGAACCACAAGACCACCAAGGACAGUGGCAGCGCCGCUGCAAAGGGGGGCCGCAAGGAGAAGACCAGAGACCUUUCGCGUGAUGACCUGGUCUUCCUGUUGAGCUUGCUGGAAGGAGAGCUGCAGGCCAGAGAUGAGGUGAUCACUGUGCUCAAGGCAGAAAAAAUCGAUAUGGCCCUUCUGGAAGCCAAAUACGGCUUUGUCACGCCACCUAAAGUCCUGCAGGCUCUGCAGCGGGAUGCCAUCCAGGGCAAAGCCGACGGCUUACAGGAAGACAUCUAUGAACGGCCCAUGAUGGAGCUGGACAAUCUGGUGGAGAAGCAGAGGGAGACGUACCGUCGCAUGCUGGAGCAGCUGCUGAUGGUGGAGCAGGCCCACAAGCAGGCCCUGCACAAAAUGGCCGACGAGAAGCGCAACCAUGGUGACUUUAUGAAGAAGAGCGACGAGUUCACCAACCUGCUGGAGCAGGAGCGUGAGAGGUUGAAGCUGUUAAUUGAUCAGGAAAGGGCCUACCAAGAACGAAAAGACCAAGAGAACAACAAAAAGGUCACGACCCUGAAAGAAGAACUGACAAAGGUCAAGUCCUUUGCGUUGAUGGUGGUGGACGAACAGCAGCGUCUCAACGAGCAGCUAAAUCAACAGACGGCCAAAGUCCAACAGUUGAGCACAACUGCUUCGCAGGUUCAGGAGGAGUUGAGCUUAGCCAACGCCAACCUCCGAGAAGAAGAGCAGAAGGUGUGUCGCCUGGAGGCGGAGUUACGUGACUGCAUCGGUCGACACCAUCAGGAGCAGGAAACCGUGAUGGCCAAGUUGACGAGCGAGGAUGCGCAGAACCGGCAGCUGCGUCACAAGUUGUCCACGCUAAGCAGACAGCUUGACGAACUGGAGGACACCAAUAAGACCCUGCGAAGAGCCGAGGAGGAACUUCAGGAGAUGAGGGACAAAAUGAGCCGAGGUGAAUGCGGAAACUCCGGCUUAAUGUCCGAACUAGAAGAGCUGCGGAAGAGAGUGCUCGAGAUGGAAGGGAAGGACGAGGAACUGAUUCGGAUGGAGGACCACUGCAGAGAUCUCAACAAGAAACUGGAAAAAGAAGCCAGUCAAAGUUACAGUUUGAAGGCCGAAGUGGACAAACUGAAUCAGAGAAUUAUGGACUUGGAAAAACUCGAGGGUGCGUUUAGCGAGAGCAAAGAGGAAUGCAACUCGCUGAAACGAAACCUCGAGAGGGAAAAGACCGUGUCCAAGACGCUCUCUGGUGAACUGGAAGCAUUGAAAGCUCAAGUUAAAGACCUGGAAUGUGCUGAAGGUCAGCUGGAAAAGACAGAGUUGACGCUGAAGGAGGAUCUCACCAAGUUGAAGACGCUGACGGUCAUGUUGGUUGAUGAGAGGAAGACCAUGGCGGAGAAGCUCAAGCAGAUGGAGAACAAAGUGCAAAACAGUUCUGGCAAACUUCAGGCCGAACAGGAGAAGGUCACAACGGUCACGGAAAAGCUCAUCGAGGAGAGCAAGAAAGCUUUGAGGUCCAAGGCUGAGCUGGAGCAGAAGAUGUGCGAGGCCAAGAGGGAACGGGAUGACCUCAAAGGCAAACUAAGGGACCAGGAGGAGAAGAACAUGGAUUUGGAGUCCAAAAUCAAUCUGAUGAAAAAACGGCUGCAAUCACUCGAGACGAUAGAACGAGACUACCUGAGGAGCAAAGUCAAAGAGGAGCAGGUGAAAACACCCUUGGCCAACCGUUUCCAACAAGAAGACAACAAAGUCAAAGACUUGACCCAGGAGGUUGAGCGCCUUCGACGCAAACUCAAAGACAUUCGCGUCGGAGAUAGCGAGGUUUUGAAAACAGACGAGCUAGAAUCCUUGGAGAAGAAAUUCACAAACGAGCAGGAGAAGGCCCAGGCUUUGAUGAAAGAGCUGGAAAUGUCCAGAAAAGAACUUUCCACAUACCAGCUGGCCGAGAAGAACGAUUGCAACCAAGAACACGUUUUGUUCAAACGUUUGAAGGAAGAAGAGGCGAGGUCGAGCCAUUUGACACAGGAGGUCGCAGCUCUCAAAGAGAAGAUCCACGAGUACAUGGGACAAGAGGAGUCCAUAUGCCACAUGAAAACCGACCAGGCCUCUCUGCGAAGGAAGCUCACCCAACAGGAGAUCCGAAACAAAGAACUGGCCAGGGAGAUGGAGACCCUCACGCGGGAACUGGAACGAUAUCGUAGAUUUAGUAAAAGUUUGCGCCCGGGCAUGAACGGAAGGCGUUUUUCCGAUCUGCACCUCGCCACCAAAGAGGUCCAGACCGACCCUGAUGACCUUUCAACGGCGGUUCUGUUGGAGCGUGCGGUGCUUAACGGGAAGCUGUGCGGCGAGGGUGACUCUGAGGACAAUGAGGUUUACAAACGUGGCCCCUCCCUCGUGAAUAAUAUCAAUAACCUCAAUAACAGUAUGAGAAGAGUCUCCAAUGAGCUGAAUAGCAAAUUUCGAGCUCGGCCCAAUGGCAACCACGUCCAGGCUGGAGACGUGGUACUGACCCACAAUCCCGGCCAGCCGCUUCAAAUCAAAGUGACUCCAGAGCACGGAAACAACAUGGCGACGCUGGAGAUUACCAGCCCCAAUGCGGAGAACACGCCGUCCUUCACCAGCACCGCCAUCAUCCCCACAAGCGGAGCCCCGCCCAAACAAAGAAUCACCAUCAUCCAGAACGCCGCCAUUUCACCAAGAGGUUCUCCAAUAUCGCAUUCUCCAGAUAGGAUGCUCUCUCCUCUCACCAUGGCAACAUACUCCAGAACCCUGAGCCCCGAUUCUUCCAGCUCAACCACCCCCGAGAGAGCCGUAUCUCCUAUCCAAAUCGUUUCCGUCACAACAACCACCCCCGACCGCAACGUCUCCUCCGAGCCAGCGGAGGUCGCCGGAGGGCACGCCGUCUUCCGUGUGACCCCCGAACGCCAAAACGGCUGGCAGGUGCAGAGGUCCAACAGUUCUGGGUCAAAUAUCAUCACUACAGAGGACAACAAAAUCCACAUUCACUUAGGGGGGGCCUUCAACUCAGCAGCAGCGCAGGAACAGAGGAUCGCUAACGGCGGCGUGGCAACACCCAAAAGCAAGAGCAAAAUCACCAGUAGCAUCAUGAUUAAGCCCACCGCCACCCAAAGCCAACGCCCAUCGCAGAUUACAAUACCUCAAGAAUCAUUCCGACGCCCGGGACCGACAAGAAUCCCAAAACCAAAGGGCUUCACGUCUGUAAAGGGGACAAGCGGCAACGGGGCGCUGCAGAUUCGGAGCCAAUCUCUCCACACACCUUUAAACAGUGGCAAAGUUCAGGCUGUGCUUACGUCUGCAGCCACGCACAGAACCAACAACAACCCAAACCUCGCCAACCGCAGACUUUAGUCACAUGUUAGGAAUAAAGAAUAGAAAAUGACAAGGAGAGGUAGAGAGAGUCACCUAGUAUAAAAUAGCUACUUUAUUUCAGCGUCACUGCAACCCAGGUGAAUCGUAAUGAAUAGGAAGGCUACUUGAUAAAUGUUGCUUAUUUGUACUGUAUUUAUUUUUUAUCAGUUUGAAAAACAAAAACGAAUUUAAAAAAGACUGGAGAAUAACUUUUUUUUUUUAUGGGAAGUGGCCAUAAUAAUGUUGUACUAAAUGUGAUAAACCAAUGCUGAAAUGUAACCGCGUCACACUUCUAAAGAUGUUUGUUUUCGCCCCCUCUUGGUUCAAUAAAGAUCUUUUAUACCGCAA